AAAAUUGCCGGACUUAUUCGUUGAUGAAAUCAACAAAAGGAGUCUCUUUUUCAUAUGAAGCUGGAGAGGUGUAAUCGAUGAUGAAUCAUGACUCACAAAGACCAGAUGAGUGGUUUCGCCGCCGUGUGAUGACGAUGUAGUCGCAAUCCUAGUGUAUAGCUCUGGUACAAUAGAAUUCAGAGCAAAGAGUCUUUCACUGGGUGAUAAACUAACAUAUUGACAUGGACGAUAUUUUCUGCAAUAUGAUGUAACUAUCUUAUUUGUGAGUGUGCCUUGGUUUAAGACAUUCUUGAGUUCAACUUCAGUUUGAUACCCGCCAAGCUGUGAUGUUGAUGCCAACCGGGACGACGUAAUCACAAUGGACUUAUUGACACAAACCUCGGAAAUGAUGGAUACAACUUUUGACCAGUAACUGAUCAUGGGAUUUUCAUUCCCUUUCUGUUCCUUUACCUGCUGCAGGAUAUUUAACUUGGAAAUGGUGGAUACACUUUCGCAUACUAUGAUGCUGUGCUAAUCGAUUUUUGAUAUUGUCAUUGAGGUUUUGAUACAGGCCGGAUGUUCCUCAGGAGGCACAUAAUAAUUACCGGCUAACUUCUAUGCAAAAAAAAACAAGGACCAAGCCUCUCGAUAUUAAUCAAAAUGGCGUUGCAGUCUUAAAAAUGGACAUCAUAUGGAGAUAUUUCACUAGUGUAUUUUCCUGAAUUAUUUUUUUUAAUUGUCAUCUCUGCUCUGAAAUCUGUGGAUCAAAGAAUGCAACGCAAUUUCUAUGCCGUCACCACAGACAAAGGCUUUCAAAAUCAAAUGGGUCGAUGGUGCCGCACAAUGAACCCUAAUCGAGGUCAUGAUACUUUAAAAAUGGCGGGCACGGGCACCACACUGAUCAGGGACUUAACCUGUCGAGGUCUCAGUUUCCUCUAUGUGUUCGCAGUCAUUAUAUACGGUAUUGCACUACUGAUGGCACCGAUGAUAUCAAAGGAUACCGUAACAAGACUCAUUCCAAUAAUUUUUUUCUGUGUCCUGUACUCCAUAUCCAUUGUAUUUCUUGUCUACGUCCACUGCUACCUGCUAAAAAAUGUCGGAAAGCCAAUCAAAGGUCCACCAAAGCAAAUUAUCUACCCAGUGGCAGUGUACUCAGUCUCGAAUGACAUGAACCGUGAUAGCCAACCAAAGAACAUCUCAAGUGAUGAAGAUGACUCGGAAACCACGCCGGAGGCAGACGACAAACCACGUGAUGGUUACGAUCACGUCAUGUUCCAGGAACCAAGUGAUACACCGAUACCAAGGGUGACUGUGUUCCACCAUGGCGAAGCCAGUUACCCGAAUUUCUAUCUUCGUGUUGGAGCCGUCGUUUUUGGUGCGGGGACAAUGCUGUACUGUGGCCUAAACAUCGCAUCACAGGCACAUGACAUCACUUGCGGGAAUGCGAACAGCUUGCUCUAUGGCCUGCUGGUCGUCCAAACGCUCCUCUUCCUCUUCACAUUCUACCAGCUAUAUUUUGUAUUUAAACACAACAAAAUCUCGAUCAACGUGCACAAGCCGCUGUCCAGGUUUGGUCUCAUGCACAUGGUGGCUACCAACGCCUGCAACUGGUUCCUCAUCCUCCUCAUGGAGGCGGAGCAUGGAUUCGCACACGUCGACGAUGAGCACUCCACACAUACGACUGUCGCACCAGGUCACACUGAGGGCCACGCGAACACCACCGGUCCUUGUGACGAAAACGUCAUGGAGCCUAUCCUGAUGUCUCUCCAGCCCUAUCUCUUCCCUUGUAUCAUCGAAUACAGCCUCAUCAUGGCAGCAUCCGUCUAUCAGAUGGGCGAGAAUAUCGGAAUCCACGAAACGAUCUUGAGGAGGCGGGCCACGAGGCUGCAGGAGGACCCAGCUGGCCAUGCCCACAUUCCCUUGACCUGCUACAAGUCUUACCACGGACUUUUCACCGGAAUAGCUUUUCUUAUCCUGACAGCCAUUGACAUCGUAAUAUACAACGUCCUCGUCACCAAGGACCAUCUGAAAGAAACUGCAGCUAUCUUAUACUUCAGCAUGGAGUUCGCGAUACUUUGUAUUCUUCUAGUGACGACAAUCAUUGCCUGGCUCUUGAUUCAGAAUCUAGCUUUUGAUGACGAAACGCUAAAAGGUUUAGACGCCGCUCUUUUGAGAAUGUCUUUACUGGGAGUUUUGCUUUUUGAUGCGUUUUGUAUAUUGUUUGCAGUAUAUGACACUGUUAUUUACUCUGCUGUCAUGGGCGUACUUAGACCUGUGAUAAGCAGCGUCCAAUCAGCGGCGCAGACCGUGUUUAUCUUCGAUGGCGGGCACAGGUUCACCAAUACGACCGAACUCUGUAAACGGAAGCCCGGACGGGAGUUGGUCAUCUUCAUGUUGAUGCUCAAUAUGUGUCUCUGGGGAAUGUACACAUUCCAAGCAAGGACUUUGUUUAAUGACCACUCAUUCCACAGUUUGUACGACAAGCCAUCGUGGAUUAUCAUAACGCAUCUAACCAUCCCACUGAGCAUCUUUUUCCGAUUUCAUUCCACGACAUGUCUUUACGAGAUAUGGAAACACGGAUACACGAAACAGAAACAACGCUAAACGUACAGAGAUAUUUCUAAUAGAAUUCCAGUGUCUUGCAUUGUCAGUGUUCGCGAUCGUGGUGAGACUGAGAGGAUCGCCUGCGUCCGUCAAAAUGAUCCGUCAACUGAACCCGAUUAUUGGAGUAUGCACACACCGGGCCGGGCACUUCUGUGAAGGUGGCCACGUGCCUUCGCCUAUUCUGGCAAGAGAUAGAGGGAGAUACUGCGAAACAAUCUGUGAGUGGGGAACGCAAUAGCGUCUAAAUUGUUCUGGUAGCAGUCAUCUCUUAGACUCACUGAAACGCGGAAUGAAUUUCAUCGUUAAUACGAUUCUGAGUGCCAUAUUUCGAUUUUGUGCGCAGUGCUCUUUGUUGUAGUUCAACCAUCGUGUAUAUACCGUCAUCCUGAACCUCAUGGUCUACACUCCCUUUAAACGUAGCCAUCUUGAUGAGAUGCAGAAACCGUGGUGGUCAACCGGGUGGUAUACCGGGUCCGUACCUUUGGGAGUUCCAGGGUGAGGGAAUCUGCUGACCUCCAGUGUCUUUGAGUGAAAAUUGAUCACAUCAGAAAGGGAUACCCAGGAGCCUGCAAACAUGCACCAGUGGUUUGAAUUAAAUUCAGCAUCGGUUGCAUGCAUCUUUUUGUAUUUGUAAUGUAUCAUGCUUUAAUAAACAUUGUCAA